AAAAUACCAUCUUGAAGUAUUAACAAUUCUCACUGUUAGAACUUCGAAAAAAAAAGAAAGAAGGAAAGAGGAGAAUGGAGUCGGAAGAGAAGGGCAAAGGAAACGAGAGAUGGGAAGCUGCGAUCACAAAUCUGACGGAGAUGUCUGGAAAUCUGGAAUCUCUUCAGAAACUUCUCUUAAAAAAAGCUGUCUUUGUUGAUCAAGAUACUUUCUAUAAAGCUUCUCUUGCUUCCAGCCAUGCUCGCACAAUCAAGGUCCUUGAGCAAAGGGUAGCGACUUUAGAACGAGAGCUGGAUGCUUCUAUUACAGCUGCUGCUCAUGCUCGUUCAGAAAAAAGACAAGCUGAAGCAGCUCAAAAGGCAGCUGAGUCACGCACACAUGAAAUUACGAAAGAGCUCGAAAACACAUCAAAGGUAUUCGAAUUGCAUAUGCUAGAGCUUCGUGCAAAACAAGAGGAAAUCACCAAGAGAGACAAUGAUAUCAAACUGCUAGAAGCUAUUAUCCAGACACUUGGAGGAAAAAGUCCAAUUCAACAAGCAAGUCGCAACUCUUCUUAGAGCCACUGUAGUUUCAUCUAACUUUUAUCCAUAUUUUACUGUAACUUCUAAACAUCUUUUGUUGUAUAUCACAAUCCCCUCUAUUGUAUUUAAUUCUCUUCCACUAAAA